AUGUCCUUGCCCACCACCGCCGAUGUCGUACUCGUCGACACCAUCCAGCUUACGGCAAACAUUGGCGCAGAUUGUUGGGGACGCCCACGCGAACAACUCGUUUCCAUCACCGUCCACCUCCAUCUUAAGCCCUCCUUCCUUGACAUAUCCGGGCAAUCCGACAACGUCGUAGACUCCAUCCACUAUGGGCAUCUCACCAAAGCCGUCUCGGCGCUCUCGGCAUCUUAUACCGAUGUUCGUGCACUCGUGCAUGAGGUCACUCAAAAAGUGUUCGCUCUGGCCGCAGAGAAUGUGGACGCCGUGCGCGUCGCCAUCGGCCUUCCGAAACAGAUUUUACUUGCGAACGACUUUGAGGUUGAGGUGAUUACACCCAGAGGCGAAGACAGUUUGCAACAGGCUGCGAGGGUGUCUGUCAAAGAUCUUGUCAUGCCCGUACUGAUUGGCGUCAAUCCCCCUGAACGCCUUGCAAAGCAGAAGGUGAUCACGAACAUCACAUUCUACGAGAAAUCCGGCAUGCACCAAGUGGACUACCCAGCAAUCAUUAAACAGAUAUCAGAGGAAAUCGAAAAUACUGCAUACCUCACACUCGAGAAAUUCGUCCUGCACAUCGUCCGCAGCUCAUGUCUUGCAUCUGAUGCUAUCGAAGCUGUGACAACACGGUCACAGAAGCCAAGUGCAUUAUCUUUCGCUCACUCUUCUGGUGUUGAGAUGACUCGGCACCGUGAUGCAUUCCGAUGAUUGCGAUCAAACCGUGUGGGAAAU